UCUUCAUCGGCUCUUGAGGAAACGGGGAAUACGCAUGUUUGCGCACAUGUGUGGAUUUUAUUAAAACCGAUAUUGUUUAAUAAUUUUUCGUAUGAAUUGACCGAUAAAACGCUAAUGAUGUCAGCGUCCAGAAACAAGGAAAAACACACAAACAGUGGAGAUGGUGUUAUAAAGCCAGAAGUUCCCGAUACCGAAGAGGAUCUUCCCGUGAUGAGUCGCACACGGAGCGGCCGCAGAGUUCGAGCGCCCGCGGCGCUGCUGGGCUCCGGCGCACCGACGACCAAAACUCCCGUCCGCCGCACCAGAAAGUCUGUUAUCAGAGAAGAUCCUGCAGAGAUCAGGGAAUUACCGUCCGGAAAACCUGCUGAUGGAUCUACAGCACAUGCAACUGAUCAGACAGAAGCGGUGGGCCCAGAUGCACCAGCACCAACAGAGGAAAAGCAAAUAGAGUUAAUUGGUUCAGAUCAGACCAGUGAGAAGGAGAACUUGGUAAACGUGGCGAAUAACAGAAAGACGGGGUCUACAUGUCCCACUGACGCUGAGAAGAAAAGGGCCCAAAAAAGGACUCACUCAGAAUCCAGUGAGAUAAAAAGUAAAAUGGUGCCUCUUGGGAAACCCAAAUCUGGACGAGUAUGGAAAGACCGUAAUAAGCAAAGGUUCUCUGCUCUGUUGAGAGACAAACCUCUGCGUACUUCAUGGGAAAAGAAAAUGGAGGCCAAGAGAGAGAAACAACUGGUGAAGCAGUACCACCAGCAGCUCAAAGACGAGAAGGCCAAAGAGAAAGAGGACAAGAAGAGGAGAAGAGCAGAAAAUCUGCAAAGACGAGCAGAAAAUGAGAGAAAAGCGGAGAUUGUUCAAGUGAUUAAGAAUACUGCAAAGAUCAAGAGAAUGAAGAAGAAACAGCUGAGAAAGAUUGAGAAGAGAGACACACUCUCAGCGCUGCAGAUAACACCACCUAGUGUCAAGAAAGGAGCAGGGAAACCAAACAGCAGCUCGCUCCAGAUUUGAGGAAUCUCCUUGAACUAGGAGAACCCAGGGAGUGUAUAAAAAGAGACCCCAGAGUACAAGUGAAGCCUGGAGCCACGAUCAUCACCUACCAGAAAUAAAACCAUGUCAACAACAUCUUUAUUUUGUUUUCCUUUAUCAUUAUAC